CAUGGCAGCUCUCUGAGUUUUGGAGGAGGGGAACUGGUGUAAAUAAACAGACAUUUAACGUUUUAGACAUAACGACAGCGUCGGGGUGCUUGAGUUCUGGACUGAGUGGACCGCAGGGGGAAGAUGUCGAGCGACGGAAACAAAAAACAGUUCUGGAAAAGAAACGCAGCGAAGGUUCCCGGCAGCAUUCAGCAUGUGUACGGUGCACAGCAUCCACCCUUCGACCCGCUCCUUCAUGCAAAUUUAAUUAAAGCAGGCAACAAGCCUCCUCCAGCCACUCCAGGCAAGCCCAAGAAGGCUACCACAUUCCAGGAGUUCGAGAGCAUCACGAGUGAUGCCUGGGAUGUCGGGGAUGACGACGAUGAGCUGCUGGCUAUGGCUGCGCAGAACCUCAACAUCGAGGUGGUCAUGGAGACGGCUAAUAAGGUGAUUGAGAAUCACAGCAAACAGCAGGAGAAACAGAGGCAGGAUGACACAACGGAGCUGGAUCGAAGAGAAGACGACACACGGGAGGAGGUGGCCGAGGACGACGAGGACAAUGAAGAGGAGGAGGAGGAGGACAGGGUGGAAGAGGGAGAUGCGACCAGCCCAGAGGUAUCGUUUGCAUCCCAAAGCAGCCCUUACACUGAUGGCCGCCUAGUGAAGUCCCACAGCGAAGCUCCAAUUGGGUCACCUAAAGAUGCAGCAGGUGAGCGUGCAGGCCUCCACAGACAGCGGUCUCUGCCCCAUCGGCCUCCUGUCAUCCCACUAGUUGCUCGCAUGGCUGACCAGAACACAUCUGGCACUCCGGCCAUGACCGAGAGGGAAGCGUCCCGCCUAGAUAAGUUCAAACAGUUGUUGGCAGGACCCAACACAGAUCUGGAGGAGCUCCGGAAACUCAGCUGGUCCGGAAUCCCCCGACAGGUCCGACCGAUAGCGUGGAAACUUCUCUCAGGUUACCUGCCAGCCAACGCAGAGAGGAGAGAAAGCGUGCUACAGAGGAAGAGGCAAGAAUAUUUUGGCUUCAUCCAGCAGUACUACGACUCUCGCAAUGAAGAACAUCAUCAAGACACAUACAGACAGAUCCACAUAGACAUUCCUAGGAUGAGUCCUGAAUCUUUGGUGCUGCAGCCAAAGGUGACAGAGAUUCACAUUGACAUACCGAGAACUAAUCCUCUUAUUCCUCUUUUUCAACAAGCUUCUGUUCAAGAGAUUUUUGAGCGGAUCCUGUUUAUCUGGGCCAUCCGGCAUCCAGCUAGCGGCUACGUGCAAGGCAUCAAUGACCUGGUCACUCCGUUCUUCGUCGUUUUCGUCUUUGAGUAUAUCGAGGAGGAAGUGGAAAACUUUGACGUGUCCAGUCUCGAGGAAGAGGCUCUGAGGAAUAUUGAGGCUGACAGCUUCUGGUGCAUGAGCAAACUGCUGGAUGGCAUCCAGGACAACUAUACAUUUGCUCAGCCAGGCAUCCAGAAAAAAGUCAAGGCCCUAGAGGAGCUGGUCAGCAGGAUUGAUGAAUCUGUGCACCGCCACAUGCAGCAUUACGAGGUGGAGUACCUGCAGUUUGCCUUUCGCUGGAUGAACAACCUCCUGAUGAGAGAGUUGCCGCUACGAUGCACAAUCAGAUUGUGGGACACCUACCAGGCUGAACCAGAGGGCUUCUCCCAUUUUCACCUGUAUGUGUGUGCGGCCUUCCUGGUGAGGUGGAGGAAAGAGAUUCUGGAGGAGAGGGAUUUUCAGGGCCUGAUGAUCCUCUUACAGAACCUUCCCACAAUGCACUGGGGGAACGAGGAAGUGAGCGUACUGCUGGCUGAAGCCUACAGGUUGAAGUUUGCCUUUGCUGAUGCACCCAACCACUACAAGAGAUGAUAAGCGGGGCUCCUGGCAGCUGCUCCUUCUAUUCUUCCUCCUCCCUGUGUUCCUCCUUUACUCCCCCCAAAGUGGUCUACUGAACUUUGAGGCCUCUAUUCCCACAUGGGAAGGAGCUUCCCUUUUCUUAACCUCCCUUUCACAUAUUGGCCAACGGGCCUUUCAGCUACUAAGAGAUUUGAAUCAACCAAUGACUGCAAGGAUGUGCGGUGUAGCAUUCUAACAUGUUGAUGUGGAGCCUUUUUAAAUGAUUUUUCUCUGAUUAGCUCUGAAAUGUACUCGCCUGCAGUCCGGUGCAGAAUCCUGUUCUUUGUCACUGAAGAUUGGCACUGCAAGCUGACGCCUGGAAGAGCAACCUAAGGCCAGAUGCAGGACUGGAGUUGGGUCUGGCUCAGAAAAUUGCCCCUUUCUGCUUAUUGUUAUUUCUAUAACCAUGGUAAUACAUAGUCUUUCUGUUCCCUGAGGCAAAAAUGUGAUCUUUUUUUUCAGUUUGCAAGGACAACGAAAGAUGUCAAAAGGGCAUUGCACUAGAUAGUUUACUUAUCUGCGCUUCUUCCCUAAUACAACCUAAAGGAACAUGACCACUCCUGUCCUCGCAUCAUGCUGGGAGGGACACAGAUUGCUUUUCUUAGUGACAAACUGACCCUCUAGGACUUUGCAGCAUGAGAGUUUGUCAGUCAGUCAGGGAAAGCGUGUCUCCCUCCUUCCAUAAACCAAACACACACCAGCUUAUAUCCCUGUUAUGCAGAGCCUGCACUGCAGCGUCUCAUUGUUUGAAUGUGAGACAAACGGUGGUAGGAGGCUGCAGAGCAGGAGAGUCCCAUACGCAGAUCAACAUCAAAGAGCGUAAUAAGCCAUUAGGAGGAAGAAUGCUACCUGUUCCCACUUGUUAGGUUCUCCUCAGACCCGCCUGCAUACGAAGGGCCGUGUCUUAUCUAUCAGCUUCUCCUCCUCUGUGAUUGUAAGACUACCUCAGCACAUGCAUUAACACAGUUACGUCUGUUAGCAGACAUAAAGAAAGAGACACUUGGGGACACAUUGGUCUGGGUUUGUGGAAGGCCAAAUCUGAAAUCAAAGCCAAAUUUCUUAAUGUUUUUUUUUUUUUUUUUUUUUUUUUUUAAUGUAAUUCACACGGUUUGGGCACCUUGUGUUUUCAUUUUCUGCACAAAAUAUAUAAUUAGAUUGAUUAUAGAUCACCAGAAAGGCAGGGUCUGUCCUGAGCUUAAAAAAGUGAUCCGGUACAUCAUCAGCAAAGGCUUCCUUGUUCUUAGCCACAUGUGUUCCAUAUAAACAUGUGAAAGCAGACAGGUUUAUGUGGAGGCUCCAACUUAAUGGAAGUCUUGCCAUUUUAAAAUGUAAUUACACAUGCUUGAUCCAUUUUGGUUCUCCUAAUUUAUUCAUGUAGAGCCUCUGCAUGUGGGGCAUCAGGAUUAUCCUCUAAACUUACUGAUAAUUAAAUAAAUAACAGCAAAGGAAAUAAUUACAAAUGGUCUUUACUCAUGACCAUCCACUCCAUGCCUCCAUAGUGUUGUUUAUAAGUUCCCUCUAAUCAGGCGUCAACACCUUUUUACAAUGAACUCUGUGAAUAUAAUAGAAACUUGACAGGCUUAGCAGGUGACAACUAUUCAUCACCCCCUUUAAUUAAAAAGCGUUUGCAUAAAUAAGUUACACAACCCCCUCCGCCUCACAUUAGUCGUUUCACACAUGGCUCUGUUCUUAAAGAGCACAUGGGAUGUCUUACCCAAAGUCAGUAGCACCAUAUUGGUGUGAUGUUGGAAGAUUGUGACGGUGGUGGGGUAAUCAGACAUUCAUGACAUAACACAAAGCUGUUAACGUUUGGAUCCUCCUGUCGCAACUCCACCAGGAUCCAUUAUUGUCACCCGAGCCAGCAGAGACGGCGUGCGUAGGUGUGUGAA